GUUGUGCGGUUCCCACGCUACCUCUCCUUCCUUCCAUGUCUUCGUCACGAACUGCAGAAGACACCUACGAAGCACAGAAUGACCAGCGACUAGAUGAGUUACAUUCGAAGAUACGCACACUUCGCGGAGUAACCACAGACAUCUACGACGAUGCCGAAAGACAACAUCUGACCCUCGAUGACACGGGAAACGCUUUCUCUAGCUUUUCAACGUCCUUGGCUCAGUCUUCUCGACGAGCUGCGCAAGCAUUCGGUCUCUCUGGCGCAGGCGGCAUCAGGCAGACGCGGAUAAUAAUGUAUAUCGUUGGCUGUUUUCUGGCACUCUGGCUAGUUUGGAAAACGACGGGUAUCUGGUGGCCCAGCGAAAGCGCAUAGGCUGUUGUGGUUGUGCUCCAUGGAGACAGAUUACGCUCUCAUAUAUACAGGAUAAUUCGUGUAAUAUCUAUACCCUCACAUAAAUCAGUGAUGAAGCAACAGGAGUAUUGGUUAGGGUCUUCCUCUCUCCGGCUGUGACCGCAAAAGUUCGUCACGCAGACCUUCAAUACGGUU